GCAAUGAUUUUUUAGAUAAUAGUUCUUUAGACAAUAGUUCUUUAGGCGAUAGUUCUCUAGGCAAUAGUUUUCUAGGCAAUAGUUCUCUAAGCAAUAGUUCUUUAGGAGAUGGUUCUCUAGAUGAUAAUUCUUUAGACAAUGUUUUUUUAGGUGAUAGUUCUUUAAAAAAUGGAUUUCUAGAUGAUGGUUCUCUAGACGAUAGUUCUCUAGAUGAUGGUUUUCUAGAUAAUGUUUCUUAA